UAGGGUUCCAGUCUAGGGUUCGAGAGCCUAGCCGAUAUGUCGAGCUCCUACGAAGCCUAUCCAGCGGAGCCUAUCGCAACGGAGCUCUUACCGUGAAGAAACUAGCUCGACGACUAUAGACACACUUUUAUAUCGGAAACGCGAACCUGCCUAUCGCCGCCACCGCCGGCGUCGUAACCAUCGACGGUGCUGCGCGCGCGCGCCCACACAGCACCACGACGGCUUCCACCUUUAGUCGUUCAGCUGACUCCAGUCGUAUACGACUGUCGUUUAUCGCGUCUUUUUUACCUCCCUUCCCCUCUCAAAUUUGCGAUUCGUUUCGAAGGAUCCUUAUCGAAGUAAAAUUCAAACACAUAGAAUCGUUAUCGUGCGAAACAUUGACAUAUUUUAAUUUCUAAUUAAAUUUUUCGUUGAACUUUUUCUUGUGUGAGAAGGAAGACGUCCAGAGAUGAGCCAAAAGCUAAAGCUUCGCGUCCGGACUCUGAUUCGACGUUAACCGGAACAGAAUGACGUUGGACGUUUUCUACGUCGACUACGACAUUUGACAAAGUGCUCAAUCCUUUUUUUCUUCGCCAAAGAGACAGACGGACAGACGGGGAGAGAGAGCGAGAGAGAGAGAGAGAGAGAGAGGGAGAGUGAAGGAGAGAGAGAAGGGGAAGGAUGGUAGGAUGAUCAAAGUUGAUAAUCGUCGAGAGAAAACGUGCCUCAAUAUUUCUUUGCAGCCUUCUCGUGAGCGUGCUCGCCGAAUGAAAAAAGAACAAACUCGGGGUUCGUUGUCGCAUCGAUUCUUUCGUGAAACCUUCUCACCGACACACCGUUCUCUUUAUUUUUCCUAAAAGUAAACAUUUUUUUCGUGUAUAACACGUUUUGUUAGCCUUCGUUAACGGCGAUAGAUACGAUAUCGAGCAAUCUCCGUACGUCAGUGCACGUUACCAGUGCGAUGGAACUCGUUCGACGGGAUUAUACAUGAGAUACGGUAGAGUUUCAUUUUCUCCUGGUCGAAAUUAGGUCAGCCCCUAGACGUAUCGACAACGCAACGAUUGUCCUUUUCUUCUCGUCGCGAACGAAAAGGGAAUAAGUGUUUUUGGUGUAAAAUUAUACAGCUCGAUCUCGUUCGCAUCGAGGCUUACUCGUAAAGUCGUUAAUUAAUUCGUUUCAAGAUGAUGUUUAUGUACUUGCUCGAGACGUUUAUGUUUCUUCCCAACGACAGUCUGGUCGAGAACACGUUGACUAUUAAUAAACGAGGAUCCUAUCGAAAAGAAUCAAGGAUGCCUAUGAUUUAUGUUCUUGUCGUAAAACACGGCAGUGCAAUUUACAUGAUAUUAGAAUGAUCUCCAUCUAUACACGCACAUAUGUAUACACGUAGAUGACAUAGUUUCUAACAGGUGGUGCGGUCGCGCGUAUAUAAGCUUCAAGGAAAUGUUGUCUAGCGAAGAAUGUGUAAAUUCACGCGGACGUUUCCCUUUUCUUUUUUCUUUCUUUCCCUCCGCCCGCCCCCUCUUUCCAUCUUUCUCUUUGUUCCGUGUUCCUCUAGAUUCGUUCAACCUAACGCGGCUAUCUUUUGCUCUCCUCUACGGCCGGUGUCUAGCCGGUUUGUCCUUUCAUGCCAAUAAUAAAAAGCCACGUGCUGCCGUUGGUCUUUCGCGGCGGAGCAAACGUUACGUAAGACGACUCGGCGGUAUCGUGGAAAGUGCGAAAGAUGACAAAGUUCCUUUCUACGGACGCGAACGUGGCAUCCGAAUAAUCGAGAUGACAAAAUUAGCCGAACUAAUCAGCCUUAGCGAAAGCGGAACUCCUAUGGGAAAAGUUUCGAAAAGCGCUAGCGAUGAUUCCAAGGCGAUGAAUCGAAGGACGAGAUAUCAUGAGACACGAAAACGGUUGAAGGGCGGCGCGUGCACGCGAUAUAAUAAGAGGCAGGGCAGAUGAAAAGAUGAGAAAAUGAAGAAGAAAGAGAGGCGUUUCUAAUUGGAGAAUGAGCGGUUUUUUCAACUCACUCAAAAACCUCGCGUCGGCAGCCGCGUACGCAGGAAGCUCUGCUUCGAGAUAUCAAGAGCUGGAAGUCGAAGAUACGAAGAUGAGAUUUAGCUUGACUCCUCAGCCAGGGGAAAGUGGAUUUCAACAAUGGCUGGACGCGAUGAAGAUGGUAGCGCGUUUGCCAGGAGGCAUACCAGCGGAAUUUCGAAAAAGACUUUGGCUGACACUGGCGGAACGUCAUCUGGAUCAGCGGGGUGUAGAUUGGAAGCAGGCUGAAAAGGUUUGCUUCAACGAGUGGAGUAAUCCCGACGACGAGGAGCUCGGUAUACAAAUCGUUAAGGAUCUUCACAGAACGGGCUGCAGUUUGUUUUGCGGAGCAGCUGGACGUGACAAUCAAGCCGUGCUACGUCGAGUAUUGCUCGGCUUUGCGCGAUGGAACAAGUCGGUCGGUUAUUGUCAAGGAUUGAACGUAUUGGCGGCUCUUGUAUUGCAAGUGAUGGAUCGCGCUGAAUCAUCGGCCGUGAAAGUGAUGAUUUAUCUAAUAGAGGGUGUCCUACCGGAAGGUUACUUUGCCGACAAUCUUCGCGGGUUAUCCGUCGACAUGGCCGUUUUUCGUGAUCUUCUUCGUUCGAGAAUGCCGAAAUUAUCCAAGCACCUUGAGAUUUUGCAAAGCGACGCGAAGGAUAAGGCUACUGGUAGCAGCUACGAGCCACCUCUCACGAAUGUCUUCACCAUGCAAUGGUUCCUCACGCUCUUUUGUCAUUGCUUGCCGCAAGACGCGGUACUCCGCGUUUGGGAUUUAAUAUUUCUCGAGGGCGACCAAGUGCUCCUAAGGACGGCUCUGGCCAUUUGGGAGAGUCUUUCCGACCGUAUUAUGACCGUUACGUCGGCGGACGAGUUUUACAGUAUCAUGGGCGUUCUCACGCGAGAAAUGUUGGAAUUUACGGAUACGAAUAAUCUUAUAAAGAACAUCGUCAGUUUGGGACCAUUGCACGGCGUGACAGGACUUCGUGAAAAGCAUAGGUAUAAUAUUACACCGUGGGCACGGAAAUUAAGCGACGACGAGGACAGCGAUACCGAGGAAGACGAAAGAUUAGCCGUGGCCGCUGCUAUGUUCAGUAUGGCACAGCGAUUGAAGAAAGGUGAACUUUUGAGUGAGCACAUUUCCUCGACGGUGGGAGCGAUACAAGCGAUGGCUCCUGGCAACGAUCGGGAACGUCUCGCUUUGGACAUCAGUACGUUGAAACAACAGUAUGCUAAGCUUCGAGAACGACAACGGCAAGCUCAUAUUAUACUAUCUGCGGCGUGCGCGAGACAGUCGAUGGUUCCACCGCCCACUUCUCAGGCCAUGAAUCACCUGUUAGUCGGUAAGAAUGCCCUGGUCAGUGGAAAGAAUCGAUCCCUCGGUUUGUCAGCUGCUACGACCCCUUCCAAGACGAGACCGGUCGUUCUUCAAGGUCCACGGGUUACGAGUAAAAAGGAGAGACAACAACAGCAAGUCGUCACUUUGCAUUGGAAGGACACGAAGAGGCAGCAGAAACACAAGUUUGGAGAGACAGCUGCCGAGACUACGAGAUGCAACGAGAAGUUGCCGGCCGAAUCGAAGCCGAAGCCGGAGACGGCGGACGAGGUAACGUCACCGAAAAGCGGGCUCAACGACAGUGACAGCGACAGCACGUCGACCGAGCUCUGCGACGAGGUCGAUCGAUGCAGCGACGUCGACAGCGAGGAGCUAACGUCAGCGUCUGACAAUUAUUACGUCAUGGCGAGCGAAGAGGAGAAAAGCGGGAGGGUCGAGGGUUCUUCGACCUCGGCCAAUUCGCCCGUUCGUGACGCGACGGCUCCUUCCCGUGACGUCAUAGCGGGAGAUAGUCCCGAUACCUCCUCGUCGAUAGCCAAAAUCACCGAUCAAAUAAGAAGAUUAUCGGCCGAGGAUGACAAUAAUACGAUGGUUCCUCAAGCGCUUUUAAAGGGCGAAACCAAGAAAGAAGACGAUUGCGUUAAGAGAGGAGCGUCGCUCGAGACUUCGCUAGAAGCGAUGAUACCUUCGAAGUGUCCAAACGGAGUCGACGAGAAGAGGAACACUUUAGGUUCCUUCCUAAACGACGAUCAGGAUUAUUUUCAAUUUAAUUACGGCGAAUCAAAGGCUAGCUAUAUUCCGACGAAUAAGGACGAGGAAUCCGUUGGAGGGAACGACGACGACGACGACGACGACGUUGGAGGGACGACCAACUCGGAUCUCGGAUCUCGAACAAAAGUUCGCGAUUACGAUGGCAGAUACGCUGCCGGUCCGUCCGACGAUUUCAUUUCCAAGGAUAUAUCUUACGACAAGAUGGAGGACAAGAGGGAGAAACGUUUCGAACUGACGUUUUCGAAUUCUUACAAGACCAAGGAAGGAUCCUUGGACAGUUAUAAAAGCAUAGAUUUUAAAUCGUCGAAUACAAUUGAGACAGAAGAUCUAAAGAUUUCGCGGGAUUCUUACAGUUCUAUACGUAGUCCCUCGGUAGAGACGGAUUUUAAAGUUUCCUUGCUUUCUUAUAAAUCGUUGAAAUCGUCGAUCGAUACGAAAGAUAAAGCUUUGGAUAAGUGCGAGUCGUUAAAAUCACCAAAUAAAAUGAAUCAACGGGCCGACGCGUCUCUACGUUCUUACGAAACAUUAAAUUCACCCGAGACGAGUAAAACACGAUUUGGCAUAUCUUUGGAUUCUUAUAAAUCUUUAAGAUCGUCGGAUGCGACGAACGAGAAGCUUUACGAGACAACGUCUUUGGACAACUCUUACGGAUCUUUUAAAUCGUCGAACUUGAACGAGAAACGCCUCGAAACAUCAUUGGAUUCCUUUAAAAUAAUCGUUCAUAAUAAUUCGGAGACGAACGACAAAACGUUUCAGGAAUCGUUGAGUAUUUACAAUUCUCAAUUGAAAUCGCCGAACGCGAAGAACGAGGAAAGUUUCGAAAGUUCCGCGAGGACUUACGCGAACGUUUUCGGCCAGAUUCCCAGGAGAGAUAUUUCGUUGGACGUUACGUCGACGGGUCCGUCGAUUCUGUCCGGACAAAGUUUUUACGCGUCGAAGACUUACGUCGUCGGCCAUCUUCCGAUAAACUCGCCGAUUAACGUGGAUCAAAAGGGAAAUACCACGAGCCGUAGUGUCCUCCCUUACAGCACGGCCUUAAUUGACGAUCCCGUAGCCAUCGGGACGGUUAGAAAUUCGGAUAGGCCAGGAGACGAAAAGCCUUGGAGCUUGGAAGGCAAUGUGCUGCCCUCCACGGAGACAACUAGGAAGAAGAGCCCUAGAACGCCGGAUAGUUUAGAAAAGUCGUUUAGCUCGGGCGAGACGAUGGGCCCGGAUUCUAAGGCCUCGAGUAUGACCGUCAGUCCAAGGACGCCGAUUAAAUCGGUCUCCCGAGAGUUCUCCACGGACAAGUCCGUCUGUUCCUCGAUAAGCUCGGACUCGAAGACCCUCGUACUUUUGUCAACGACCGAUUCCGACCUGGCCAGAGGGAGUCCAAGAUUGGAAGGGAAGAGAUCGUCCUACGAAAGAUCGACGAGCCCGUCGACGCCAUUCAGCACUGACUCGCUCAAGUACAAAUCAGAUUCGAGCCCGAAAUUAAUCGUAAGCAGCUCCAGCGACUGCAGCUGCAGUCCGAGCAAAAUGAAGUCUUCCGAGAGGUCCUUCAGUUCGGACCUUCGAUCGCCUAUAAGUGCCAAUUCUAUAAAAUACACGUCUACGAGCUACGGGAAACGAGGUCAAGAUAAUAUUUCGGACUCGUCCAUCGAUCCGAGCACGGCCGUCUCGCCGUUUUAUCCGAUCGCACAUCCCAAUCGGAAGACUCCGUCGCCUUACGGCCUUUCCAAACGUAGAUCCAGCCGCGAAGGGGGGAGCGCGACCGAAGGGAUCUCGCCGGAACAAAGAUUCGCCGUUUCAAAGGAUUCGGGCAAGUCUGCGAACGGCGCCAAUGGUACCAACUCGGACUCCGGGACCUCGAGGAUAUUCGAAAGCAAGGAGGAAAGUGACAUUUCGAGGAAGAAUUCGUGCUUGAACGCGUUCGAACGGGAGAAAAGCGAUCGUAGAGUUUACGAAUUCGGAGCCGGCUCGAUUCUUUAUAGAAACGAAAACGAGGAAGGGUCCACGGAGGAUAACGGCGACGAUCGCUCGUCCGAGAAAGACACGGUAUCUCAGUUGCCUCGGGAACAAUUGAACAAGCAUUUCAUGAAUCUUCAUUUCAGGCACAAGGACCGCUCGAAAUUAUUGGAAAGAAGUUCCAGCAGUCUGGAUCGAAGAUUCGCGGAUUUGAAAUCUUCGGUGUCUACGGACGAGCUCUCGGUGUCGAUCGUAAAGAAAAGAUCGAGUGACAUAUUGGAAGACAUGAAGCAUCUCGAGGCUAAGGCCUUCGGCGACGGACCUUCCGAGAGCAUAGGCAUACUCCUCGGCAAGAAGAACAGUCACAUAUGGGAGGAUUUUAAGAAUCUCGAGGCCAGACGACAGGACAAUUUCAGCAAUUCGGCAAGCGGCUUCUCGAGACAUCGUCUCGACAUUGGCGAACCGUACAACGGCCUAGACAACGCUAGAAAGUCGUGCUACGUCGUGCGCCCAAAGAUAAAUAUAGACGAGAGCAUCGACAGUAUCCUAAAGACGGUCUCGCGUAACAAGAUUAACGGGAACGACGAUGGUGGCCACGUGGAUGGUCGGCAGGACGAGGAGGACGAGGAGAACGACGGUAGAGAAUCGAAAUUGGGCGUUUGGACGAAGGUGAAGCCGAGAAAGAGGGGCGGUAACAACGGCCGGAGGAGUAGCGACAGGGCCUUGAAAAUAAUCCAAGAAAAUUCGGCGAUCCUACAAAAGAUCCUGGCGUGUCAGGCGAAAAAACGUCUACCCGAUCUCGAGGAAAUAACGAAGGAGAUUACGAUCAGCCCUAUAAACGAGGAAAUCUCCAAGAUAUUCAGUCCUAUAUUGGAGAAGAUGGGAUUGAACGAGGACGAGAUAAGCGAGGAAUUGGCGCGAAUUAAUUUCAAAGAUUUCGACGAUAUGACGGGUACGAGCAUUUCCGAAUUCGAUGCGAAGAUCAACGACGAACUAUCGAAGCUUUCCUUGAUAGACGAGACCGAGCGCUUGGACGAUCUCGACGUUGACGAGAUCGUGUCCAAGGAAUAUUUCGACACGCGUGAGGCCCUGAUAGAUAGGAAGAUUAACGAGGAACUGUCGAAACUCUUGGCGAAUUACGAGGAGGAACCGCGACUGAGCGUGGCGACGUUGGAAAAGGGUUCAUCCAGUCAGAACGUAAGCGACACCGAGGGCCUCGACUUGACCAGCAUCUCGACGAACGUAUUUUCCUACAAAUCGUCGAAUGAUUCUAUCGAGACGAGGAGCGAGCAAGGCUCCUCUAGCCAGGAAAUUCCGUCGGUUCAGCCGGAAAGGUAUCCUCAAUACGCCGCCGGUCAGCCUUACUCAUCGUCGAGCUACGUAAGAGAUUUGUCGCCUAAAAGCGACAUAGACAUUUACAGGGAGCUCGAAAAAUUGGACAAAAUAUCCUCGGCACAGGUUAUACCCGACACCCCGUUGGACGUUCCAACGAAAAUCUUGUCACCGGUUGCGAUUGCUUACGUCGCUAACGUUUCUCCUUACACCUCCGACGUAACGAUACGAUAUUCGCCGAAAACUACGUUCAGGGAUGCUUCCCCAUUGAAGCAGGGAUCCUCUUACGAUUCAUACAAGAGCUUCGAUUUUAAAAGCAAUCUGUCCCCAAGGAGGAUACCCACUAAUACGUACACACCGCGUCCCUACGACAAUGCGCUUGAUUCGAAUUUCGAGUACUUUGAUCGCGAGCCUACCGUCUCCACGAAUUCCCUCUACGCCGACGUACACCCGAAGAGUCCUAUUUUAACGAAGGAAUCCUUGGAAUUUCGAGUGAGAUACGACGACAACGAGUCGCCAACGCUAAAUAUCACCGACGUUCUACCGACCGAGCCCAAACAAAUGGCUAUGGAGAAAAGUGUUUUGUAUUUCGGCGAUCCAACUAACGACCCCAACAAGUCCACCACCAGUAACGAAUCAAGAGCCAUUCCUGCCAGUUCCUUUAUCGAUUAUUCCAACGAAACUAGCAACGUCUUAUGUCGCAGCUACGAGCCGGCAUCGUCGCCUAUGGGAAAUUAUAUUCGCGACAAGAAUACCGAUUACGACAGAGUGAUAUCUGGCAUGGUAGAAAGCGAAUCGAACGUUGGAACCUAUUUGCGAGAUUAUCAUCCUGCUCCUUCUCCAAAUCGGCGAUUCGAUCAACCCUUCCCACCGGCCAUUGACUAUCUCUCUUCGAAACUAUCACCCGGCAUCGCCGACGAAACCAAACGACCUGUCUCUCAUCCUGACUUUCCAGAGAAGAUAACGAUCGGCGGCCAAUACACCGAGUCGCUACCUAUCAGAGGCUCCAGUUGUUACAAAAAAUCCUCUUUGAGUUUGGCCAAUAUAGGACGAUCGAGCAAAAGCGGGGAUGAUAGCCUGAACGUCAGCCCAAGUCCGAAGGCUCAAUUCAAUCCGUUCCCGGUGAAGAAUACGUCGAAGAAGCCGAAAGAGUUGGCUCUUAAAUUAGGUCUCUACUCGCCAAAAAAUUCGCCGAGCGGCCCCUCGAGAAGAUCGUAGUGGAUAGCUUUGCUUGUCUCUCUUUACAUUCUCCGAGAAGAUAUGUACGUUUUGUAUAUAUAUAUAUAUAUACAUAUAUAUAUAUACAUAUACAUAUAUAUAUAUAUAUAUAUAUAUAUAUAUAUAUAUACAUAUAAAAUAUAUUUUAUUUUUCCUUCGAUGAUCCACGAAGGUUCAGUUACGACGAGAAAGCCUACAUGCGAUGGAAAAAGAAACAAAUACAAAACGAUCUUGCAUCGUUGAUGUCCAAGCGCGAUGUUUUAUACACAUCAAUCGACGCAUACACUCGCAUAACUUCCUUUUUUAAAUCGACAGGCAAGCCUAAAUCUCUCCUAUUCCUCGUUUGUUUUUGCCUGAUGAUAUAAUUGUAAGAUUGAAAUAUCGACUAGUAUUAAUUGUUAAGUUACGCGAAGAAACAAGGAAUAGCUCUGCGCCAAGUUUCUCUCGCUCCAAGUUUCAAAUCAAUUGGAAUAAUGAAAUGUGGCGAAAAGGCCACUUGAAAGAUUAGCUUUCCGUAAGUGGUACGAUAACGAGCAGUUGACGUUUGAUCUUGUACCUGUAAUUCCAAGUUACUAUCAGUCGCAUUACGACGUUUAGCCCGUUGUUUCAUUAACGAAUUCGUUUCUACCUUUACCACUUGCGAAAGUUUUUUAAGAGAAAGAGUUAAGAACGACAAGCGCUAUGAAACACUGAAAUUUUCCAAUAAAUGCCUUUGGCUCCCUCCAAUUUUGCUGAUUAUGCGCAUAUAUGUUUAUGUGUGUAUACAUACACAUAUACAUAUACAUAUACGUAUACAUAUGCGUAUACAUAUACAUAUACAUAUACAUAUACAUACAUACAUACAUACAUAUAUAUAUAUAUAUAUAC